GAUGUUGAUUUAUUAGAGAGUGCAGUUCUCUCUCUCUCUCUCUCUCUCCCGAUUUUUCUAUUCGCGAGGCGAAGCAGAGAAGAAGUUGAAGAACAGUCCCAUUUUCACACACUAAAAUAUUUGCAAAUUUUGAAGAACUUUGCGUAUCAAACUCUCUCUCUCUCUCUCGCCUUCUUAUACUGCGUUGACUACUUGGACUGAGCUUUAAACCCGAUGAAUUCUCCUUUUUCCCGUUUUCCCAUUUUGUCCCUUCUCAAAUCCACCGGUGCCGUCGCCGGUCAAUCUUCCCCACCCACCGCCGCCUUGGGUUUCUCCACCCUUUUCCGGUGACUACUUCUAUGAUUGUAUUCUCCUCCUGUUCUGGGUAUCGCGUUUGUGCCUCUUGGGUUUUGAAGCUAGGGUUCCCCAAAAGCCCUAGCUAUCGACACAUUUCUGUGAAAAUUCGAUAUGGGUAAUCGGCGGAGGUUUAGAAGUUUUGUUGCGUAAUCUCGUGUUUUGUGGGAUUUAUUUUUCCUGUUUGUUGUUGUUUGAUUUCGUAGUUCGUUUAUUUCGUAAUGAAGAGGUUGAAGUCGUGCGACGAUCUCGAUUCGUACGCGGAGAAAAAUCCCGGGAAGGACCCUGUAUUGAGCCGGACAUCGUCUUCUCACCGAGUCUUCUACCACAAAUCCGAGCCUAUACGGAAGAACCUGUCGUCUUCGUCUGCUCGGUAUUAUAGGGAUCGAUCGGUGGAUGAGGAUCGGGAGGGUUUGAGGCUAGUGCGGAAGCGACCAGAUCAUGAUUUUGAGGGCUUUGAUCGGCGAAAAGGGUUUGAUCGGUUUCGAGAGAGCGGAGAGAGUAGGGGUUAUUCUGGUAGUAGUGGAGGUGGCGGUGGAGGAGAUCGUAUUGCACUUCAUAGGUCGGAGAGCUACUCUGGGUCGCGAAGGGAGUACCCUAAAGGAUUUCGAUCAGAGCGGGACAGGUCAAGGAGAGAAGGCAGUGUAUCUUCGUGGAGGAGAUUUGGGAGUUGGAAUAAAGAUGUCGAUGAGGGAGUAAGAAGCAGAGGUGGUGGUGUUGGGGGAUUGGAAGAGAGAGGGAGUGCGAGGAAUUCUCCCAAGGGAUUGAGGGAUGUGAAAUCGCCGUCUCAGUCUAAAGAUUCAAGUAGUGAGCAGUCUAAGUUGAGAGCCUCACCUAGUCUGGUUUCAAAGGGUGUGAGACCACAGGAAUCAAAGUCGAAGUCACCAACAUGGUCGAAGGACUCAGAGAGUGAGCAAUCGAAGAGUGUGGAGGUGAAGAAGGGGGACGACUUGCAGGUUGAAAGUGGGGAUAACAGUGAAAUGGAGGAAGGAGAAUUAGAACCUGAUCCUGAGUCCGAACCUGCACUUGCUCCUCAAGCUGAACCUAAACUUGAACCCGAACCCGAACCCAAAUCUGAAACAGGAUGUGAAGCUGAAUCAUCUCCUGAGAAUGAAGAUAAAAUGGCAGCAGAGAAGCAUUUGGAGUCUGAUAAUGAUCAGAGGGAGGUCGAAACUGAGAAUAAAGUUCAAGAUCAGAAAGAUAGUGUUGUAGCAGAGGCUGAAAUGCUGGAUAAGGGCAUGGAUGCGACUGAAGCGAAAGAAGCUUGCUGUGAUGAUGUUGAUUUAUCAGAAGGUCAGAAUGGAUCGGUUGAUUUGAGGAGUUGUACCAAGGAUGAACUAGAUGUUGUCGCUGAUGUAGUAGACAGGUUGGAAGACAGUUUAGUUGGUGACAGAGAACAAUGUAAUGGGGUGGAUGACAAGAACUCUGUGGAGAUUUCAGUUCAGUUGGAUGAGAAAUGCAAAGAAAACAAGGGCAAUGAUCUAGAAAUGAAGACUGGGGAUCUUGAUGUACCAGAUAAAGAGGUAGUAAAAGAAGCGUCAGACGGAGGGGCAACAAAAAUUACUGAGGCACUGACUCAAAAUUUUAGAGAUAAAGGUAAAAGUGUGGCUGUUAGUCCUUCGACCUCCCAUGCCGCAUAUUCUGCAGAAGAUGGAGCAUGGACUGAUAGAGAACUGGAAGCUACUGACAUUUGUAGGGACCAUGAUAUGGAAGGGCCAAGUACCAGGGGGUUUGAGUUGUUCACAAGAUCUCCAGUGAGGAAACUCGAGAAAGUGGAUGAAUCUGGUGAUAGUAGGCAAAGAGACGGAAAGCUUACACUAGAGCCUCUCGAUCUUUCUCUAAGCUUACCAAAUGUUCUGUUACCUAUCGGUGCCACUGGCGAUUCAGUUCCAGCAUCUGGUUCCCCUAGUCGAGGAAGAAGUGUCCAGUCCCUGAGUAACACAUUUUGCACUAAUUCAGAUGGAUUUGCUCCAUCAAUGUCUUUCUCAGGGUCUCACUCUUUCUUUCAUAACCCAAGCUGUUCUUUGAAUCAGAAUUCAAUGGACAACUUUGAACAAUCUGUUGGAAGUCGCCCAAUAUUCCAGGGAAUUGACCAGGCUUCUCAAGGAGCUUGGCUGGGUCAGUCACAGAACGAGUCCAAGUCCAAGGAACUUCCCUUAUAUCAAAGAAUUUUGAUGAAUGGCAAUGGCUGCCUUCAACAAUCUCAAUCAUCACAUGGUAUUUCAAACAUUCAAACCGUUCUGGGUCGUCAUUCAUGUGAGGUAAUACAUGUAGUUGGGUUGGCUGUGAUGUUUGUCUUCACUGGUGCCAUGUGGACUGUGCCUUACGUGAAUCUUAUAUUAGAAAUGGUCCUAGUGCGACUGGAGACCAAGGAGCAACUGAAAUGCAGUUUCAUUGUGUUGCCUGUGAUCACCCUUCAGAGAUGUUUGGCUUUGUGAAGGAAGUUUUUCAAAAUUUUGCUAAAGAUUGGACGGCUGAAACUCUCUCCAGGGAACUUGAAUAUGUUAAGAGAAUUUUUUCUGCCAGCCAGGACUUGAGAGGGAAACAACUUCACGAACUUGCUGACCAUAUGCUGGAAAGAUUAGCCAAUAAGUCUAAUCUUCCUGAGGUGUACUCUCGUAUUAUGGCUUUCAUUUCUGAUGCUGAUUCUUCCAAGCUUGGCAAGACACCAGUUCCAUCCGGAAAGGAUCCAUCAAAAAACAGCAACGGAAUUUCAGGGUCAUGUCAGGAAGCUCCCUGGCUGAAAUCCGUAUAUUCUGAAAAAGUCCCUCAAAUGGAAAGAGCAGCUAAUGCUCACCCUAGUUUGAAUUACGAGCGGAAUGACAAACGGAUAAUGGAGCCAGAUAUGCACAUAAAUUCUCGUAAGGAACCUCUUUUCGAAGAAUUGGAUAGUAUUGUUCGAAUAAAACUUGCAGAAGCCAAAAUGUUCCAAGCACGAGCGGAUGAUGCUAGAAGGGAAGCAGAAGGUUUAAAGCGCAUUGCUAUUGCAAAGAACAAAAAAAUAGAUGAAGAGUACACAAGUAGAAUUACCAAGUUGCGUUUGACUGAGGCCGAGGAUAUGCGCAAACAGAAAAUUGAGGAACUCCAGGCUCUAGAAAGAGCUCAUCGUGAAUACUCUAGCUUGAAAGUAAGGAUGGAGGCAGACAUUAAAGAUCUUCUUUUGAAAAUGGAAGCUACAAAACGGAACCUGCCAGUGUGAUGAGUACUGAGUUGUAGUUUCAACUGGGAUUUUUUCAGCAUUGUUAUCUCUUCUAGUCUCGGUAGUUGGGAAGUACUUAACAUUUAUAGGCUUAUAUAUUUUCAGUCUGUCGUAGUAGUUCUUUUAGGUUUUACUUUUACCUUCCAAGUUCUUUUUUCCUCCCUUUAUUUUUGUGCUGCUAACUAAAGUCUGUACAGCGACUUCAACAGCAUUUGUUCGUGUAUAAACACUUCCAUCUAUGAAAAAGCAAUCCGAGAGAAUUUUUAAUCGGGUUUUCAUCA